ACUUCCGUUCUAAACAUUCCUCGCAUAGUUGUUCCGGUACCAACAAUCUCGUCCAGAGAUGAUGCUAAACUGGAUUCAGAUUGAUACCACGGAGCUUGACUCGUCCCGCAGUCAGCGUAAAAUGUCCAAGACCGACAUAAUGAGAGGAGUCAUCACGGAGAAGCUGACCACAGCCGCCCGGGAGAUAUUUGCGGCUAUGGAGAAGACUGUAGCCGACUACGAAGAAGAGGCUUCGGUGUUCAGACAGGAGAUCGAUCGGCAGAAGAAACAGCUGGAGCUCCUGCAGCCAGUAGAGAUCAAAGUAGAGCCAACAGCAGACGACCAGCAGCUGUUUUCUCUCUGUGAAGCUGGAGGAGGUGAAGUACCUGAAAAGGAGGAGAAGCACAAAUAUGAACUGAGGGUGGAGGACAGUCGAAGUCUGAGAAUCUUCAACACCGAGGAGCCGAUGGAGGAGGAUGACAACACAGAGGAGGAGCUACAGGAGAAUGAAACAAGAUGUCAGAUGAGCGAUCAGCAGAAUCACAUCGUCCUCAGGAUCCGGAUCUUGGAGGAUACGGAGAUUGAGGUGCUUUCCAUACAAAUUAUUAAGAAGUACCCACUUCGUGAACUCAGGUGUCCUUGUGGGCUUCAGGAGGCCGACUUUGUGAACCUGCUCAGGUCCACUUUCCCUCAGCUGGCUGCUGAUGGACCUUUUGAUCUCUUCAUAACCAACAAGUCCAGGAAGCUGCAGCCUCUGGAAGUAGAUUCCUUCACUCCAGAGCAGAUCUGCAUGGCGGCGGGGAACUCCUCCCUCUACAUCCGACUGAAGCGUCCAGGCCAAGUGCAGAGCAGACAGAAGGAACCAAUGCAGAACAGUGAGGAGGAGGAUGACGAUGAAGAGGAUGAUAGUGAUGAAGAAGAAGAAGAUGAUGAUGAUGAUGAGUAUGAGGAUUCUCCAUCCGCCCACCAUCGACCCAAACUAAACACUAAACACGACGUUCGCUACAAGCUCAGCAAGCAUCGGCCUCUAGAAGCCACCACAAAAAACCUGAUCAACCUCCGGAUCCGCAUUCUGGAGGACUCCAGCGUUGAAGUGAUCACCCCUCGGGUGUAUAACAAGUACCCUCUCCAUUAUCUGAGCUGUCCUCGUGGUCUUCGGGAAGCGGAGUUCCUCUACAUGUUGAGGUCCACCUACCCUCAGCUGGCUGGUGAUCAACCUUUCAUUGUUUUAGCUCGUAAAGGCAGGAAAAUCAAGCCUCUGGGAAUCGAGUGUUUGACUCCGGAGGAGAUUCUCAGGACCAGCAGGUCCGUUGGGAGUCCUGUUGUUUAUAUCCGUCUGGAGCCUCGGGUAAAACGUGAGGCCACAGAUCCCAGAUCCAACCAUGCUCAAUACCAAGGAAACAGCAGCCUUCAGUCUGACGAAAGGAAGUCUAACCAUGUAGACCUCAGGAUCCGCUUCCAAGAGGAACAGAGCGCUGAUAUGCUGACCUUUGCUAAGAAGAGAGGCCGUUCUCAAAUGUGGGACUACUUUCAGCUGGUCAGUCCUAACAAGGUCAAGUGCUUACUGUGUCCCCAGGUGUUAUCGUACAGUAACAAUACAUCAUCGAUGCUGAGGCACUUCAAAGCCAAGCAUGACGACAGGCAUGAACACAUCGAUCACGUGGACCGGAAGCAAGAGCUGGAUGAGGCUCUUAUCAAUAUGCUGGUGAAAGAUUCCCAGCCUUUUUCCAUGGUGGAUGAUCAGGGCUUCAAAGAGUUCGUGGGGAAACUAGACCCGUCAUACAUUCUGCCCCCCAGACAGACUCUAAAGAAGAUGGUGGGGGAAAAAUAUGAAGAGGAGAAAACCAAGGCCAAGACUCAACUGCAGACUGUGAAGGGAGUGAGCCUGACUUCUGAUAUGUGGACCUCUGUUAAAAUGGAUGUGUGUCUUGCAGUACGUUGUCAUUAUAUGCUGGACAGUGCCAAACCUGCGAUGGUAGUUCUAGGAGUGCUGCCUUUCCCUCAACACCCCACUGCUGAAAACAUGGCAGCUGCUACAAGGUCUCUUAUGAUGGAGUGGGGCAUUGAGGGAAAGGUUAAAUGCCUUGUGACUGAUGCUACAACAAACAUGAUAGACACUGCAGGGAAUUUAGCCAUAAGUCACAUUGUGUGCAUCGCACAUGCACUAAAUUCAAUGGUUAAAAAGUCCCUGGAUCAAACACCGGGCCUAGAAGACCUGCGGUCAAGGGCACAGGAAGUGGUGACCUAUUUUAGAUCAAACACUGCUGCUAAAGAGAAGCUGAGAAAUGUGCAGCAGCAAAUGAACCGUGCAGCCACGAAGCUGAUCCAGGAGGUGGACUCGCGCUGGAACAGCACCUUCUUGAUGCUGCAGCGCUUGUAUGACGAGAGGGAGGCAGUGGGAGCAGCUCUGGCAACCCUCAAAACGGAGGUCCAUCCUCUCUCUUCCGGGGACUAUGAAACAACAGCAGCUUGUUUGCAUGUCUUAAAACCAUUUUACAUGGCCACAGAGGAAAUGUCCCAGCAGAAGAUGGUCUCUGGGUCAAUGGUCAUACCACUGAUAAAAAUGUUGCUUCACACAACUCAGGAAAUCCUGAGUAAUAACACCAACGUGACAGCUAAACUGCUGGGACAGAACAUUACUGCAGCCCUCAGGGACAAGUUUGACGAUCUUGAGAGCUCCGCCGUCCUGUCGCUGUGCACGCUGCUUGACCCCAGAUUUAAAACCAUUGGUUUCCGCAGUCAAGACGAAGCAGAAAAUGCAGUGGAGCGACUCACCACUGAGUGUGCAGCACUGAUGGGACACAAGUCUACAGACUAUCCAUCGACAUCAGUUCCUACUCAUCUAAAUCCAUCGUCCAGAGCUUUUGACCUUUGGAAGAGUUUCGACGAACAAGCUACAAUGUCAAUAACGCAUAGGAAUUCCACAGUAAAUGCCACUGCAGAGGUCCAGAAAUACAUGAAAGAUGUUCACCUGGAAAGGUGUGAAGAUCCUCUGGCGUACUGGAACGAACAGAGGAAGGUUUACCCACACCUGUUUUCGCUAGCAAAGCAGUACCUCUGUACACCAGCCUCAUCGGUGUCAUGUGAACACUUGUUCUCUAAAGCCGGGGACGUUCUCAGCGAGAAGAGAAGCCGGCUUAGUCCAAAAACUGUAGAAAAAAUCCUGUUUCUCAAUAAAAAUCUUUGAAAGCUCAUCCCACAUACAUGACCACCAUCCCAGCAGAUCCGGGUUCCCCAAGCUGCCUUCCCCGUACCGAAUUAUCACACAGACCGUAAAGAUUAGAUAAAACAUGGUUUGAUUUGUGAACUCUUUGUCUGGCUUGAAGAGAAACAAGUAGGUUGGUUGAGAAAAAAUAAACACAGAUGUUACUUAAAACAGGUUUUUAUUAGUGAAACCUUCAUUCUGUUCAUGAAAAUGCAAACCAGUUUGGCCCGGAGAAAAGUAUACUUCAUAGCAUCCCCUUCUUAUUAGCAUUAGUUUGGUUAUUAUAAGUAGUAGCGUUAACCUGUUAACCUGUUAACCUGUUAGUUCUGUGUACAACCCUUGUUUACUGCUUAUUUACUUUUGUUAAAAGCAAAUCUGUCAAAAAACAGAAGAUGAAGAUAAUACAGUUUCACUCCUGAAUUCCUGCCUAUUCAAUAACGAGAAGUUUUGGGAUGAAGUUUUUCAUUUGAACUAAUUAUGUGAAUUUAAAACAUAUUCUAACAUGUUUAUUGUAUUGAGUCAUAUGCAGUGAAUCGAUUUCCAACUAUGUUGAUGAUAAAAAUGUGUUGAUAUGCAA